AUGGGGGUAAUCGCCUCCAGUACCUCCAUCUCAGUUCCUCCAUUAUCUGGCACUGUGCUAUUUCCUCGCAGCAGAUGUGAUACCCACAUACCAGAAGUGACAGGAAUGUGCUCAGUAAAUUGUGGUGUUGGUGUAGAGACGCGGUCGGUAAUUUGUCAGGAUGAGUCUGGGGAGGAGAGGCCAAAUGAGGACUGUGAGGCAGGGGAAGACGGGAUGCCUGACACUCAGAGAGAAUGUAUUGAGGCAGAUUGUCCAAAACCAGAGUGGACCAUUGGCAACUGGAGCGAGUGUUCGGUGACUUGUGGGAUUGGUUCAGACACAAGAACAGUUACUUGCCAUGAUGAGUCUGGUGUCGAGAGGCCAGAUGAGGAAUGCGAGGCAGAGGGAGACGGGAAACCAGACACACGGAGAGAAUGUAGACAGAUGGCUUGCCUAGCACCAAAAUGGAAUGUUGAAGGAUGGAAUGAGUGUUCAGUGACGUGUGGUAUCGGCUCACAGUCAAGGAUAGUCAUUUGUCAAGGUGAGUCUGGUGACGAGAGGCCAGAUAAGGAAUGUGAGGCAGACAGAGGCGGGACACCAGCCAUGCAGAGAGAAUGUCGGAAGAUGGCCUGCCCAACACCAAAGUGGGAUGUCGGACGCUGGAGCGAGUGUUCAGUGACGUGUGGUAAGGGUAUGCGCUACCGAGAAACUGCCUGCAAGAUGAAAGACCAAGUCAUGGAGGAGUCUCUCUGCCUCCGAACCAAACCAAAGACGGCCAAAAAAUGCAGUCGAGAAAAAUGUCUGACUUAUCGCUGGAAGAAAGGCAGAUGGAAUCAGUGUUCCAGUACGUGCAAUGGGGGUCGAAAGCUACGCAGUGUUGACUGCAUAGAUAGCAAGGGAAGCCUUGUGGAUGACGCCAUGUGUGCCUCACGCCGCAAACCCAGAGAAAAUACAAAGUGCAAUACUCACAACUGUGAUUCACCACGUAUGACAUGGCUUGCUGGACCCUGGGAAGAGUGUUCUGCCCAAUGUGGUCCAGGCGAGCAGACACGAUCCAUUACAUGCCAGGCCCAGAGCCCAGAUAGCUGGGCCAUCCCAACUGAUGAUGAUUCCUGUGAUAGGUCCACUAAGCCACUUAGCUCCAGGCAGUGUUUCAUUGGUGUGUGCUCAGCGGACGUUCACUGGGUUAAAGGACCAUGGAGUCAGUGUUCUAAAAAGUGUGGGGGUGGCUUCAAGGAACGCAAGGUUCAGUGUCGAGACCUUCUUGGGAAGCGGCACCCGGGGAGUAUGUGCGGACCUCCCACCAUCAGACCAGAGACUAGAGAGAUCUGUAACUACCAACCAUGUCAGCCCACAAGCUGCCACGAAAUUCAAAUGCAGCACAACAUGCGUGAGGAUAAGGAAUAUUCCAUUCUAGUGCAGGGGAGGCCGUUGACUGUCUACUGCCACGGAAUGCGAAGCAGCACUCCCACGGAGUUCAUCAGUCUGUCGUCAGGAGAGGCAGAGAACUUUGCAGAGAUAUACCCAAAGAGAUUAUUACGCCCCACCCAGUGCCCACACAAUGGCAAUCGUCAUGACAAUUGUGAAUGCACCGACGAAGGUCACCGGGAAGCUGGACUGACGACUUUCAGGAAGCUCAGAUUCAACGUCACUUACAUGGAAAUUGUCACAACUGACCCAACCUUUGCGGAUGUCCGACAUGGUCACUUUGUCCCGUAUGCUUCGGCUGGUGAUUGCUAUAGUUCAGCUGCCUGUCCACAGGGUCGUUUUCGUAUCAAUCUGAUUGGAACCAGAUUAGCCUUAGCUCCAGGGGUAGACUGGGACACAUCAGGGUACGCUGUAACUAAGAGACUAACCAGAGAUAAUUUGGACCAGAGAGUAGCCGGCCGAUGUGGUGGGUUCUGUGGGGAGUGUUUUCCUGACGGAAGGAGAGACAUUCUAAGAGUCAUGUAUUUAUCAUGACACUCAGGGAAUUUCAGUAACAUUGGAGCCAAGAGUCUGUAAAUAUUCCAUAAGUUUAUUUUUGUUCAGAGAUGUAAAAUAAUUAUGCCAGAUUUUGUUAUUUGUUUUUUAAAGAAAAAAUACCAUGGUGCUGACGUUAAGUUAACAGGAUGAGAAACUCCUAAACAGGGAACAAUGAAUUUAACAUAGAAAUAAUGAUGAAAUCUCUUGGAUUGUAAUAAUAAUAAUAGACCAUUUUUAUACAGUGCUUUUCACGCUC